AUGAAUACGCUCAAACUGCCUGUCACUACUACGCUCACCGAACACGAUCUCACUUCAUCAGAGGAAGACGGAUAUGAUUCCUGGCCAGAAACCGACAGUUCAUACGAAUAUGAACAUAGGCUAGAUGAAUACACCAUGGCCAUACUUGACAAUCCCGCAGCUGCGCUAGUAGAGAUGAGAAGAUUGUACAAGACGCGCGUACAUGGGGGGAAGAAUAACGAGAUGCAUCUAUUGAUGGAAGCGAUGGCCGAGUUUGUAUGGCCGCUUGACACCUCGGACGAUCAUAUGCCGCGUACAGAUCAUCCUGCGACCAGAGAGUUAGUGGAGAAUGGCCUCCUGGAGCUUAUCCGAGAUGUGGCUGCCGAAGAACUGUUCAUCCCGCGGGAUCUUGAUCUCAUGUGCUCCGUGUUUACGAUCGUUAUUGUACUCUUGCGCGACAAGCGCGGCGAGUCCUCAAGUUCGCAAGUCAGAUCGCUCGUUGGUAGCGUCGCUGGCCAAGCUACGAUGGAUCAGAUCAUAUCGCACAUUCUGCGUGCUACGUGGGCCGCGCGAAGUUUCUGGGAGGUUAACGAUCACAACCGAGUAGAAUUGGACGGCGCAUUGGCGUGGCCCCGACGUCUGAUCAUGAUGUUUCUUCCUCUGAUUGACCUUCUUCGUCUUAGCGAGUCUGAUUGCGCCAACUAUCGAGAUAUCGCUGGGCUCUUAUGGUCGACUAUAGACGAGGUGCAAGACCGCGAAGAAGUUCGCGACUCGAACGUGUGCUUCGUAAUGGCCCUCUGCAGCUUUGCUUCUCGCGGAAAGAAGGGCUGGAAAGGCGUGAGGCCGUUUAUGGACAGCCUCUGCCAGACGUACGGGGAUGUGCGCGUUCUGAAACGCUUGUCAAGCACAUAUCGCCAUUACAAGUCCUUACCUGAAGAUACUAUCCACGGCUUUCUUUACUGGACGCCCAGACUCUUGAACACGCCGUCAUUUUACCCACUCUAUCAGUCGAGUGACAUCUUAAGGACUGUGCGAGAGGUGUACGAGGAGCGGAUUGAAGACGUCGAGCGCAUGGGGGACCUCAAGUUGGAGACUGAGACCAUCAACUCCAUAGUGUGGGCGGCAUACCAUCUCGCUCAGAAUGCACCGUUUCAAGAAGGACCUGCACAGCUCAUGAAGCAAUGGGACCUUCCGGAGCUGAUAGCCCACUUCGUCGUUCUCCAUUCGAAGGAACAGCGUGAACUUGAGCCGGCAGAAAAUCCUCCGCGCAGAGUCCUCGAAGUCUUUAUUGAAAUAUCUGGAGCUCUGAACUUGCGUAGCGGUAAGAAUGAGAUCCGGAAGAAGUUCAAGCAGUCUCUGAGACGCGGGUGGUAUUCCACUUUGAAGCACGUGCGGGAAUUAGAAGACGCGGGCCCGCAGCGUGAUGAUCUUCUGGAGGCUUGGCAAUCGUUGGGCCAUGCGAUGCAUCUCAAUGAAGCACAAGAGAAGCGCGAUUACGAGGCUGAAUGUAGGAGAGCGGCAGAAAGGCGUUGUUCGUGGCCACAAUGUGUGUACCACAGCAACAAACCCCCGGCGAAGACGCGAGUGUGCAAGGGCUGCGAUGAAGUGAGGUACUGCUCCAGAGCAUGUCAGAAGAAGGAUUGGAAAGAAGGGGAUCACCGCACACGCUGCAGGAGACUGAGUAAUGUGACCCACGAUUUGAUAGAACUACCGGAAGUCGAUGACCUAAACGCACAAUUUACCUCGUUGAAUUUGAACCGUCGUCGCCGCGAGUAG